CUCUCUGGGGGGCGUGGUGCGCGGCCUGAGGCGGGCGCUUGGGCCGCGGACCUGAUGAAACGGGUGACUGCUGGUGACAGCGGGCGGGCGGGGCGGCGGGCGGCGCCGAGUGCACGCCCUCCGCUCGGCCGGGCCGGGAGGGUCCUGGGGCUCCGUGCGCGCCGAGCCAGGUGGGCUGAGACUCACGACUCGGACGCGGAACCAUGCGCGGCCCCCCUGCCUGGUCGCUGGGGCUGCUCGCGAAGCGGGGCCCGCUAGCCUUCGCGUGGACACCGGCCGCCCGCGCCCCAGUGUCCCAGCCGCAGCCGACCGGCCUGGGGCCGCCGCGGCUUUGGGGAGCGGGGCCGGGGCUCCUCGCGGGUGCGGGAGCCGCGCGCGGCCCGUGCCGCUGGACCAGCUGCCGCCCGGGCGGGGGUCCCCGCGGCCCAGGCGGCGGAGCGGGCCUCGCGCGGCUCCUGGGGCUGUGGGUGCGGUCCCCCGGCGCCUUCUUGCUCCCGCGCGCAGUGCUCCCUGGCGGCCCAGCCCUCGCUCGCUCUGCCGGGGUUGAGGCCCGGCGGCGCGGGCCGGCGUUGCCUGCGGCCGCGGCGGACCCUAAAGAGGACGCCCGACUGCGCCCCGCGGCGGCCGGGCGCUCGGAGGCCCGGAAGCUCCUGGGGCUGGCGUACCCCGAACGCCGGAGCUUGGCAGCCGCGGUGGGAUUCCUGGCCGUGUCCAGUGUCAUCACCAUGUCUGCCCCGUUCUUCCUGGGGAGGAUCAUCGACGUCAUCUACACCGACCCCACCACCGACUACAGCAGCAGCCUGACCCGCCUCUGCCUGGCGCUCAGCGGCGUGUUCCUGUGCGGUGCCGCGGCCAACGCUGUUCGUGUCUACCUCAUGCAGACUUCAGGUCAGCGCAUCGUGAACAGGUUGAGAGCUUCGUUGUUCUCCUCCAUUCUGAGGCAGGAGGUUGCUUUCUUCGACAAGACGCGCACCGGAGAGCUGAUUAACCGCCUCUCCUCGGACACCGCACUCCUGGGGUACUCGGUGACCGAAAACCUCUCGGAUGGGCUCAGGGCCGGGGCCCAGGCCUCUGUCGGGGUCGGCAUGAUGUUUUUUGUCUCACCUCAUCUGGCGACUUUUGUUUUGAGUGUGGUACCUCCCAUAUCCAUCCUCGCCGUAAUUUACGGACGAUACCUACGGAAACUGACCAAAGUCACUCAGGAUUCCCUGGCGCAAGCCACUCAGCUAGCUGAGGAACGUAUUGGAAAUAUAAGAACUGUCCGGGCUUUUGGGAAGGAAAGCACGGAAAUGGAGAAAUACAGCAGCAAAGUGGACUACAUCAUGCAGUUAGCGAGGAAAGAGGCGCUCGCCCGGGCCGGCUUCUUCGGAGCUACGGGGCUCUCCGGGAACCUGAUCGUGCUGUCCGUCCUGUACAAAGGAGGGCUGCUGAUGGGCAGCGCCCACAUGACCGUGGGCGAGCUCUCUUCCUUCCUGCUGUACACGUUCUGGGUCGGGCUAAGCAUUGCAGGUCUGAGCUCUUUCUACUCGGAGCUGAUGAAAGGACUGGGCGCCGGGGGACGCCUCUGGGAGCUCCUCGAGAGAAAGCCUGAGCUUCCUUUCAACGAGGGACUCACCUUGAACGAGAAAAGCUUCCAGGGGACUUUGGAGUUUAAGAAUGUGCAUUUCACCUACCCAGCCCGCCCAGAGGUGCCCAUCUUCCAGGACUUCAGCCUCUCUAUCCCGUCAGGGUCCGUCACCGCGCUGGUCGGCCCCAGUGGUUCCGGCAAGUCAACGGUGCUCUCCCUGCUGCUGCGGCUGUACGACCCCGUGUCUGGAACGGUCAGUCUCGAUGGCCACGACAUCCGUCAGCUAAAUCCAGUCUGGCUGAGGUCCAAGAUUGGGGCCGUGAAUCAGGAACCAAUUUUGUUUUCUUGCUCAAUUGCUGAGAACAUUGCCUACGGCGCAGACGACCCCUCCGCGGUGACGGCGGAGCAGGUGGAGAGAGUGGCCGAAGUGGCCAACGCGGCGGCGUUCAUCCGGGACUUCCCCCAGGGGUUCGGCACUGUGGUCGGAGAGAAGGGCGUCCUGCUCUCAGGUGGGCAGAAACAGCGGAUUGCGAUCGCGCGUGCUCUGCUGAAGAAUCCCAAAAUUCUUCUUCUAGAUGAAGCAACCAGUGCGCUGGACGCUGAGAACGAGUACCUUGUCCAGGAAGCUCUCGAUCGACUGAUGGAGGGAAGAACGGUGCUGAUCAUUGCCCAUCGUCUGUCGACCAUCAAGAAUGCGAACAUGGUAGCUGUUCUGGACCAGGGGAAAAUCGUCGAAUGUGGGAAACAUCAAGAACUGCUUUCAAAGCCAGACGGGUUAUAUAGAAAACUAGUGAACAAACAGAGUUUCAUUUCAGCAUAAAGAAGCAAUUACUGGUAAAGUGAAUAUGAGAAACUUUAAAGUAAAAUAGCACUGCAGAGGAAAAAAAACUUAAGAGAUGGUGUGGAAUCUGUAAAUCAUACUUCAAGUUAUUUGAAAUAUACCUAUUUUUUCCCAAAGUAUAUAAACUAUGAUUUUGAGAUGUACCUGUUCUCAAGACCUUUUUACUCAGAGUUUUAAUAAUUAUAACUUUCUAAGUGUCUAUAGCACUGAAGUUAUUUUCAAGUUUUGUACUUUCUUUUAUCUUGGGAUAUUUUAAUAUAGCAUGGCACCUCAUUUUUUUACCUGCUGUUAUAGAUGGAAGUAAUUGUCAAAUGACAACUUUUAAAAGGGAAUUAUAAACAAAAAGCCUAAUUAUUUUAGGCCGGUUUGCCAAUCACUGUGUAAUUCUCUUGGUAGUAUUCUACCAGCUUCGGGUCAUAUGUCACUAGGCAGUGUCAUCGAAGAUGAAAAUCGAAUCGUUUCUUUUCUCCUCAUGCUCCCAUGAAGCACACCCGAGUGUUACAUGUACAGAAAGGGAGCAUUUGUAUUUUCCAUUUCCUGUGUCUGCAGACGUGUGAGAGUUUAGGGGUGCGUGUCCCUCUGGGGUGAGACUGUGUUUGGGUGUGUGUGAUUUUUAACAUUUUUGGCACGUGGCCCUAAAUGCCUCAGAAUUCCUAAAGCAACGCUGACAGCCACUAGUCGGGCACGCUUCCUGUCGGUGCUGUGGAUUCGCUGUUGCCUCCAGGAGUGCUCUCUCCACGCUGAUGGCGCCAGGCGUGAGAACUGACUGUCGAUACCAUUAAAAUGGGAGUUUUCUCUCUACAGCCAUACCACCCUGAACACGUCCGAUCUCAUCUAAAACGGAAGUCUGCUUCUGUUCUAAGUAAUCAUUCGUUGCCUGGUUACACUGGAAGAAGAAACCACUAUUUCAUGAUAAGCACGGAGUAAUAUAUUUCAUUCUACAUGAGGGGAUUUACUGAUGAAUACAAUGAAUAGAGGAACUGUGGUUUUUGAACAAGUGAACAGUACGUCUGUGACAAUCAUUUUAACAAAGUUUACGUGUGGUCCCUAAGCAGUUCGCUAUUACAAUGUGCUUCACAGAGAGCGAACGGAAAGCUGGAGCUGAAGGAAAUCUCCACGUGCCAUUGAAUAUGAUUAUAUUUUAUUUUCUAAUAUGAGAUGUUCAGUGUGUCUUUAAGUAUCAUUUAUAUUGUGGAUUAAAAUUUAUAGUGAACUUCA